UAUUUUGGCGCGCGUAGCUGUCCAGGGUCCUGUAGAAGUCAUCUCCUGACGGCGGUAACGUCGCCUUUGUUUACUUGUAGCAUGUAGAAUGCUAACCAGCAGGAUAGACAACUAAAUCUAACUAGGUCGAUGUAACUACAUUGAAAGAUGUUCUAACUCUUGAGUAUUAUCCCCAAGAGUUAAACGUCCCGCAUUUUAGCUCCAGGGAAAGCAUUUUAGCUUCAGGGAAAGUCCAUAUUUAACGAGUUAACGCUAGCCCCUUGAGCUAGGUCGUUGGCUAAUCAAAAUCCUUUAUUAGGCUACUGACAUACAAUUUGAAAUAGAUAGAGGGAAAAACAUACUCAACAGUAUGAAAAGACACGAAGACCAACAAGAAAGGCCAACUGCAGGAUGCCUCUCUGUUCCACUCUUUAACCAGAGGAAAAGGAUCCGAAUGCCCAUGACAUCUAAUCCCUCAGAUAAAGGCUUCGGUGUCAGCAACGAGUGCAUGCCAAGUACUAGUUCAUUUUACAGCGCACAAGGUGGUUACCAAGCUUCAAGUUACCCUACCAGUACACCCCAUGGCUACUUUUGGAACAGACAGAGUAACCCUCAGCCUUAUCAGCAGUCCCAGCAGAGUGGUAGCAACCGGAGUGCACCUGGACCAGCCCCUACCAUUAGAACCUGUGCCACACCCCUACCACACCCAUACAAACCAGGGAACACGAGUUGUCAGAUGAACCAACAGGACCCUCCGGCCACCGCUUACCAGAGACAAACCAACUACCGCCCCCCUGCCCACACCAAUGAAAGGACACAGGUCCAGACCAAGCCUUGGCCUGAAAGAGGUUCUUCUCAAAUGGGUCAGCAUGGAUCCUAUUCACAGGCUAGUUCUCCAAAUAACCUCUACACCCAACCACCCAGACCUCCUUUCCCUCAGCCCAGCCAGCCUCUUGCUCACACAGAAAAAACACAAAACACUUCCUGGAGAUUUAAACCCACUAACAACCAGGGUUCCCAGAGACCCCCUGUGGAAACAAGCCACAGCAUGUUUCGCUCUCAGAGUGCCUCCGGGCCACCACCACAGACCCAACCAGCCUUUCAGAUUCAGAAGUCAGCCACGGGUCAAUCAUUGAGGAUUCUGACAGCUGUUAUUGUUGGCAUGAGACACUGGAGCCAGUUCAAGGACAGAGCACCGUACCUGUUUGAGAUAUUUGCUACUUUGGACUCUGCUGUAACCAUGGGCUCACAUGGAUCCAAGAGCUUCCUCCUAAGAGAUGGGAAGGCUACUGUGCAGUGUGUCUACUACGAGAACGAGCAGGAGCUGCCCAGGCUGAUCCGUGGGCAGGUCCAGCGCUGUGUGGGCAACUACGACCAUGCCAAGGACAUCCUGAGAUGUGUUUCCGUCCGGCCCGCUCUGCCCUCAGAGCAGAGGAAUGCCCAGGAGGCAGUCAAAGCCUGCAAUGUAGAGAUGAGGGUGCUGGUCAAGUCAUUCAGCGAAGUCUGAGCAGAAGCAA